CCCUGAUUGGCUGCGUGUCUGCGGGCUCACCGGCGCAGCUGAGGGAAAUUCACCAGUGACUUGGGACUCUAGCCCCUUUCCCCAGGCCUCGGGAGGACUGCAGGCUUCGGGGAGCCUCGGCCGCGGGAGGGAGAAAGAACGGAGCCAGGCACCUGGGACUCGCUGCACCUUGUACAAAGCAGGUGCUAACAGGGAGGUGACAAGGUCACAUUUUGAGAAGAAGCUGGAAAGAAGCCCAAGUGGAUUCACUGAAGCCCUGGAUGAGAACAGGACCUCUGGGGAGACGCUCUAAGAGGCGUCACAACGUUUGUGAUUUUCACUCUGGCCAUCAACUGUGUUUGCUCAUCAGAGAGUGAGAUAGAGCAAGACAGACAGCUUUAAUUGUUCAAACAACUCAUCUGAGCACAUGAUCAUUCACUCUGGAGUAUGAGUACAUUCUGAAUCCCAGGACGGUGGGAAUUAGCCAGUGGAUUGCAGGCAUGUUGUGGAAGUUGCUGAUGAGAUCCCAGCCCUGCAGGCUGUGUUCUUUCAGAAAGAUGCUGUCAGCUCCACAAUACAGACCUUUUCUAGUAUCCUUCACCUAUACAACUGAUAAUCAGUCAAACAAGGAAAAUGAAAGGACAGUGGAAAAGCUCUAUAAACUGUCAGUUGACAUCAGGAAAAUUCGAAGAUUAAAAGGAUGGGUACUUCUGGAGGAUGAAACCUAUGUUGAAGAAAUUGCAAAUGCUUUACAACAACUGGGUGCCGAAGAGACUGCCAUAGCCAGUAUCUUGGAACGCUGCCCAGAGGCAAUUAUUUGCAGUCCAACUGCUGUUAACAUCCAAAGAGAACUCUGGCAGUUGGUUUGCAAAAACGAGGAAGAGUUAGUUAGGUUAAUAGAACAAUUUCCAGAAUCUUUCUUUACUAUUAAAGACCAGGAAAAUCAGAGGCUGAAUGUUCAGUUCUUUAAAGAGUUGGGGCUCAAAAAUGUGGUCAUUAGAAGAUUUUUGACAACUGCAUCUAAUAUUUUUCAUAAUCCUAUUGAGAAGAAUAAGCAAAUGAUAAAGAUUCUUCAAGAGAGUUAUCUAAAUUUAGGUGGCUCUGAGGCCAACAUGAAAGUUUGGCUACUAAAAUUGUUAAGCCAAAACCCAUUUAUUUUGUUAAAUUCUUCUGCAGCUGUCAAGGAAACACUAGAAUUUCUCCAGGAACAAAGUUUUACAAACUUUGAAAUUCUUCAACUUCUGUCCAAACUCAAAGGAUUUCUUUUUCAGCUUUGCCCAAGAAGUAUACAGAAGAGUAUUUCCUUCUCUAAAAAUGCUUUUAAAUGUACUGAUCAUGACCUGAAGCAGUUAAUUUUGAAAUGUCCUGCCUUCUUAUAUUAUUCUGUUCCAGUUUUGGAAGAGAGAAUUCAGGGAUUAUUAAAAGAAGGAAUUUCCAUAGCUCAGAUAAGAGAGACACCAAUGGUUCUUGAAUUAACGCCUCAUAUAGUACAGUACAGGAUAAGGAAACUGAAUUCCUUAGGCUAUAGAAUAAGGGAUGGACAUUUAGCAAACCUAAAUGGAACGAAGAAAGAGUUUGAGGCCAACUUUGGUAAAAUUCAGGCCAAAAAAGGAAGGCCAUUUUUUAACCCUGUGGCACCAUUAAAUAUUGAAGAAUAACUUGCU